GCACCGCUCUCCCCCACCGAGCGCCUAUGGGCAUCUGCAACCAGCGAGGGCUUCGCACCACCGCCACCGGCAGCAGCGGCAGCGGCAGCGGCAGCGGCAGCAGGAGCGGGCGACGACCGCCGCCCCGCUUCAUCACCCCUUGGGAUCUAUAGCUGGCAGGAGGGAGCGCGCUGCAGACCCUUCCCCGCCUCCGUACAGGAUGAUUUGGAAAUUUGCCUUGUCCGUUUUUCUGAUGGCGGCGCUGGUUCGAGUAACAGACACCAGGAAAAACCGUCCUGCAGGCGCCAUUCCCUCCCCUUACAAAGACAGCAGCAGCAACCACUCGGAGCGGAGGCAGCAGCUGAAUAAGGAGGUGCUGGCCUCCAGCCAGGAGGCCCUCGUGGUCACCGAAAGGAAGUACCUCAAGAGCGACUGGUGCAAGACGCAGCCCCUGCGGCAGACUGUCAGUGAGGAGGGCUGCAUAAGCCGCACCAUCAUCAACCGCUUUUGCUAUGGGCAGUGCAACUCCUUCUACAUACCACGGCACGUGAAAAAGGAGGAGGAGUCCUUCCAGUCCUGUGCUUUCUGCAAGCCACACAAGGUCACCUCUUCGACCGUGCAGCUGGAGUGCCCUGAGCUGGACCCACCUUUCCGACUCAAGAAAAUUCAGAAGGUCAAGCAGUGCCGGUGCAUGUCUGUGAAUCUUAACAACUCAGGCAAACUGUGAGAGCGGGCGUGUAGCUACUGCUUGGUGCUGCUCCCAUCAGAUUUACUGCUGCCUCUUCUCUCCCACUGAGCAGACUGUCCAUUUUGUUGGUUUGUUUGUUCUUUUCCUUUUUUUUUUGUGUUUUGGUUUCUUUCACGAGGCAUCUCUCCAGCAAGGAAAGGCUCCUUGUGACUUGCCUACUGGAAUAACACUUUAUAAUGGGCUGUGUUAGGCACUUCACCAUAAAGUUUCAUUGUAUUUCCAGUAUCAUCUGACGGUUGAAUCUUCUGGAGUGGAGCAGGCUCCCAGAAGUUGGGAUUGAUCAUCUAAAAGUGACCAGUUGGCUGAAUCCAGCAUUAAAUGUUUCCACUAUGUGGAGUAAAGCCCGCUGCCCUACACUCCAGUCCCCUCCACAAGACGAGAACGCCUUCCCCAUGCUUUGGUCUGGGGCUUGCUGCUCCCACUUGGAAGUGCUGGGGUACUGCCCAGGACUGGGGGACGCAGAUGAGGGAGAGUAACAAGGAGUAACGUGCGAAAAGCAAGUGAGACUCUCCGAUGAGGCUCAUCUUAAGAUGACUUUAAUUGUGCAAUGACAAACGGUUCCGGGCUUGUUGUCUGAACGGCAGAUAAGAAGCGAGGGAGAGAGGGCGAGGCGCUGGGUCAGCCCCCGUGACCACAGAGCAGACUGAGGGUGGGUUCUGAUGUGUUGUGGUUAGAGUAUAUCGAACACGUGGUCUCUGCAGCAGUGUUUAUUUUGUAACCUAGCUAUAGUAAACAGCUGUUUAAAGUAUUAUAGACCUAGCCUUGUAUAUUUUUCUUGUGGCAGAAUAUGCCAGAGAUUAAAAUAUGUUGAGUAAGAGACUUGGUUGCUAGGUCAGCUGCCUGGCUUAAAAUGGACAUGGUUUAACUAGGCUUUCGGUAGGUUUUUGUGUGUUAGAUAUGUGUGUGUUUCUUACUCCAAAAAGGACAACAUCCAUUUAUGACCUUAUAUUUAUGCCUGCUCAGACCGGGGAAGGUGGGAAGGUCGUGGGAGAGGAGCUGAGAACACUUACGGGAACGAUGUUUCCCUUAAGGUAUAAAAGCACUGUCGCACAAAGGACAAAAUUUGGUCAUUGCUGGACUGAAUACAAAAGCUACAUCAGUGUCAUCAGGUUUUGGGAGUGGUGUCUCUCCCAUGAUUGGAAACCGUGUUAAUGUGUUAGUGUUAAAGGACAAACCCAUCAGUCAGUGCCGCUGGAAUGGGUCACAGCUGUAGGAGCAGGGAGAGAGUAAGCUGUAAUUGCUCCAGUACUGGUGGUCCACUCAGUUUUUGAGUCCUGCAUAAUCAGUGUUGGUGAACACUUGCAGUUCAUUUUAAGUCAUACUAUGUUGUUAUUCAGUUGGUGGAGUUUAGCAUGUCCUGUAUAUCCCAUUUGUUACAGUUCUGUAUUAGUCCCAGCUGCAUUAAAAUCCUAUGUCUCAAAACAAACCAGCCCUUUCCCCCAAACCAAAGCCCAUGCGUGCUCAAUUGUCUGAAGCUUACAAAUUAAAAAUGACACGCUGACUCCCUGAUGCAUGUCUCACAGUUCAGCAUCUGCAUCUAGUGAAACCAGCUUGCUGUGGGAGCCCUUUCCCGCCAGCCUCUUCACGUGGAGCCACUUCAAGGGGUUAAUGUGUUUAGCACUCUCGCCAGCCAGGGGUUCAGUGCCACAGGUCUCUAUUAUGUGAGACAGGCUGCUCUAAGAGGCUUUCAGGACUGAGCCCCACGAGAGCUCACCAAGCGGUUUACGGGGAUUGGCGCGGGCAGGAUGAGGUUGGUCAGGUCUGUGAGCCUUAUGACGUGAACGGCCGUGGCUUUUCUGCUGUGAUCUUUCAGCGUGUCAGAAGUGCACAGGGAGACUCCUCGCGCAGGGAUGGCUUUAAAGGCUGUCGCUGCUGCGCUGCCAGCAUUGUGCCAGCCACCGAAUGGGCACCAUUCAGUCUA